GAGUAGUUAGUUUUUAUAAAACAGAUGGUAACACCACGAUAAGGAAUUAUUGUGUAAACGACUUUUCUACAGUGUGUAACACAUACAUCAUUUAUCAUGUUUACAAUAUAUUUCUAUGUAUGUUUAAUGUAUGUGAUAAAUUAUACAGAAUCUGCAAAAAUUCUUGGUGCUGUGUUUACACCCUCAUAUAGUCAUCAACUGGCAUUCCAACCCAUAUGGAAAGAACUUGCUUUAAGAGGUCAUGAAGUUACCGUGUUAACAACAAACCCUGUACACGAUCGUUCAUUAAAAAAUCUAAAAGAAAUUGACUUAAGUAUGUCAUAUGACGUGAUGAAGUCCUACCAAGCUGACAAUUUAUUGUCGGUAACAAACGAAAGUAUCGUCAUACGGUACAGAAAAUAUAUGGAUGCGUUACACGAAGUAGCAGAUAGACAACUAUCUCACCCACAAGUGCAAGAUCUGAUUGUGAACAAGAGAAAUCAUUUUGAUUUAUUGAUGGUAGAAGCUAUUUAUCCUACUCAAAUGGCUCUCUCAUGGUGGUUUCAAAUUCCUUUCAUAGGGAUGAUAUCGCUAGAUGCCCCAUCUAGAAUUCACGCAGCUGUUGGUAAUCCAGUACAUCCAGUUUUGUAUCCCGACUACGACCUUCCAUUUGACAAAAACUUAACGUUUUGGGAACGACUUAUUAGUACGAUAUUUCAGUGCUUCAUGAUGUGGUACACGGAGUACAGACUCCAUCCAAGAGAAGAAGCAACAAUCAGAAAGCAUUUUGGAAACAACACACCGUCGAUUAACGAAAUACAAAAGAAUAUGAGCAUGUUAUUUAUUAACGUUAAUCCUAUAUUUCAUAACAUCAGACCGAUGGUACCAGCCACUGUGCAAAUAGGUGGAGGUUUACAUUUAAAUGAUCCCAAACCUCUUCCUGAAGAUAUUCAAGAAUUCUUAGAUAGCUCUCACAAUGGAUUCAUAUAUUUUAGUUUAGGCACGAAUGUUAAAAGUGCUGCACUUCAAAAUGAUACAAAGGAGACUUUAAUAGAAACUCUGUCUGAGUUGCCAUUUAACGUGUUAUGGAAAUUUGAGGAUAAAAAUAUAAUAACUAAAUCCAAUGUAAAGGUGACACCAUGGGUACCACAGACGGCUGUUUUAGCGCAGAGAAAUAUUAAGUUAUUUAUCACGCAAUGUGGCUUACAAUCAAUGGAAGAGGCGAUUAUGUACAACGUGCCCAUGAUAGGGUUGCCUUUUUAUGGCGAUCAAGGUAACAACGCUAAAGUUCUAGAAAGAAAAGGACUUGGUAUUACUUUGGAUCCCAAACAUUUAAAAAACGAUGAGCUUAUAGCUGCUAUUCAGACAGUUACCUCAGAUCCGAUGUAUAAACAAAAUCUUAAGGAAACGGCCCAGUUAUACAAAGACGAGGCAAUGUCGGGCUUAGAAAAAGCAGUUUGGUGGACUGAAUAUGUAAUACGCCAUAAAGGAGCAAAGCAUUUAAAAUCUCCGGCUGUCGAUGUACCUUUAUAUCAAUACCUUCUUCUUGAUGUUAUUGGUUUCACUGUUGGUGUUAUCCUUUUUGCUGGGUACCUCAUCAAAUUUUCUUUUACGUUACUUUUUGGACUUCUUAAAUUUAUUUACACAAGUAUUUUUACGACAAAAAGUAAAACGAAAAAAGAUUAAAACUAUACGUUUUUGAAAAAUCUUUUAAUCAAUAAAAAUUAUUUUGUCGAUAUAAA